UUUGGUCCGCUGCUGAUCCGCCGGGAGUUCCGCUGUUUGUCAGUGGCCGCGCUUUGCACUUCUCUCCUCGCUUUGCUGAAGCCUCCUUCCCCCCAAGGGCGGCCGGAUGGGUGACUACGCGGUCAGCUUCAUCAAGGACUUUCUGGCCGGAGGGGUUGCUGCUGCCAUCUCCAAGACAGCGGUGGCCCCUAUCGAGAGGGUGAAACUGCUGCUGCAGGUCCAACAUGCCAGCAAACAACUCACAGCAGAAACACAGUACAAGGGAAUCAUAGACUGUGUGGUCCGGAUCCCGAAAGAGCAGGGGUUUCUGUCAUUCUGGCGCGGGAACCUGGCUAACGUGAUCAGAUACUUCCCAACCCAGGCUCUUAACUUCGCCUUCAAGGACAAGUACAAGCAGAUCUUCCUGGGCGGCGUCGAUAAGAAGACCCAGUUCUGGCGUUACUUCGCCGGGAAUUUGGCGUCUGGCGGAGCAGCCGGGGCCACCUCCCUCUGUUUCGUGUAUCCGCUGGACUUUGCCCGAACGCGGUUGGCAGCCGAUGUGGGCAAGGCUCUGAAUGAGAGGGAGUUCACUGGCUUGGCCAGCUGCAUCACUAAGAUCUUUAAGUCAGAUGGCAUCAAAGGCCUCUACCAGGGAUUCAAUGUCUCUGUCCAGGGCAUCAUCAUCUACCGAGCUGCUUACUUCGGAAUCUACGACACAGCUAAAGGUAUGAUGCCGGAUCCCAAGAACGUGCAUAUUCUGAUUAGUUGGAUGAUCGCACAGACUGUGACAGCAGUGGCGGGGCUGGUAUCCUAUCCGUUUGAUACUGUCCGUCGACGUAUGAUGAUGCAGUCAGGUCGUAAGGGAGCUGAUAUUAUGUACAAGGGCACAAUUGACUGCUGGAGGAAGAUUUUAAAAGAUGAAGGUGGUAAAGCUUUCUUCAAAGGUGCCUGGUCGAAUGUAUUAAGAGGAAUGGGUGGUGCUUUUGUACUGGUACUGUAUGAUGAAAUCAAGAAAUUUGUCUAAGGUCCAACUUUCUCCCACCACUGAAUAUUAUAGAGGUAGAAAACUGUAAUAUAUUGUAGCAGGAACAAUGGUUUUAACAAUGGUGACUGCACCAUUGAGGAAUCAAACAUCUGAGCAAAAGCAGUUGCACGGUGGGGAGUCAAAACAAAUGUGAAAAACAUUUAUGCAUAAAUAUAACUUAAGAUCAGUCAGCCUUUAGGUUUGUCAUCCAUGUAUUACAUUCGAUAGCCAUAUCCCCAAGCAAACUGUACAUAUUUUAUUUAUGGGUUCAUCAGUUUUAUUGUGGGUGGUGAUGAAUUUCUGUAUUUAAUCCAUGUACUCCAGAAAUAGUUAUAUUCUAAUUAUUUUAGAUUUGCACAUUGUUUUGAACUAAUCCUAACCAAAUAAAUGUAUUUAUGGUCCUAAUUAAAUCAAAU